UUGUCACUGUGGGAUAAUGGUAAACGGAAAAUCCGCUAUCUUUAUCUUGGAGAUGGAAAUUCUUUUUCAGUGACAAAGAACAGUCCUGGGGAGAAGCUCAUUCCUCUGUUUCUUGGAGCUGAUCUUUAUUCUGAUACAGAUAUUCGCAUUGAGAACCACCCUAGGUACCAUGCUAAGUUUGCUAAAAAAGGAUUGGCAACCAAGCUUGUAUUUUCAUCUGAGUACCGGUUCCAUGGUUUACGGGUUCCUUGUGGAAUGAACAGUUUGUGGUUCUACAGCAUUCAGGGCAUCUUUCGUGUGGCCUUUGAACUCUACAGCAAACAGCAGCAACUGUCCAUCCUGGAGUCGUUUCAGGACUUGUGGAAAUCACGGCUAAAUGAUGACCUUUUAAAAAUGACCUACCAGCUCACUGCGAGACUAGACAGUCCACUGCCCCAGAACACCUUGGGGUCAACAGAUCCAGACAGUAGACAGACCUCUGAGAACACACCAAGUCAAUGUGCUUGUUCCCUUCAGGGUGCAGAACCAUUUGAAAUCGCACAUCAGGACCCGCCUGAAGACACGCCUUCAGAGGACCAUGACUACUGUUCGCCUGUGAAAGCAACUAUCAGUGAAAUCCCCAGCCAACCCUGUCAGGUUUCUCAAACACUCAAAAUCUUGGAAAGCCAGCUUCAGUCAGUCCAAAGCAUUGGACAUGAACAGAAUCACAUCCUCCUUUCCUUUCUGAGACUGGCAGAGCUCUUCACUGCUGGUGGGGUAUUGGAUGAGGAUAAUUUGGCAAAAGCUGUACUAUCCCUCCUCCAGCUCCAGACACCAAGCUCCCUAUCCAUCUACUGCAGCCCGUUGCUCCAGGCUGUAGCGGGCUGGCUGGGUCGCUGCUUCCACACCGCCAACAGCUGCAUUAGCCAGCAGGUGGAGAGCUUCAAGGUGCGGCACAUUGAGCACAUUAGCGACCUUCCUCCGGCUGAGGAGCUAGCGGCUGAGUUGUUCCCCGAAGCCAUGCGGACGCUGCUUGUGAACUGGAUGGGUCUUAGCGAGGAGGCUGCCCAGUGGAAGAGGCACAGCGAAUUUCCCAUCCUGCUGCUCAUCCUGGAGUUUGCUAACCACAACCUCAUCACCGGCGUGGCCCAUGUACUGUACUCCAGCCUUAUUUGCAAGUAGAGGCCUCAGGCACAGAAUACCCAAAUACUGAGAUUAUAGGAAUAAGUCUUAGGUAACGACAAGGCUUUGUGAAGCUGAAGGAGCAACUCUGCUACCAGUUGAUUCCAACUCUUAAGUCUCCCUGCCUCAUGCUGGUCAUUCCACCCCAUUAUUAAAGGUCACUAGAGCUGCCGCAGCCUCUGCUCCCCUCCUGAGUGAUGCCGUGGCCGCUGCUUCCAACCCCUCACGGUCCCUUAAUGUAAUUCAGGAUUGUAUUACCUUGGUUAUGACAGGACCGUGUUGUCCAUUUUCUCAAACCCAUGAGUGCGAUACACCCAUAUAUACAUGGUAAUAUGAAUGAGUGCAUCUAUGGGAGCUCCUUGUUUUUCUAACUUUUCUUGUACCUCUUUGGGAACAACUGUGACUGAACAUGAACCCAUUUUCAUACUCAUUAAAUGUAUUUUUUAUAUAA